AUGUCAUUAAAGGCAUAACUAGAAAUAUUAGUUCAUUUGGAAAGUUUUAGAAAUAUAAAUAUUUAUCAUUAAGGAGUGUAUGUGUUAAGAUGUUAUAUACAAUAAAAAAUCAAUGGAGAAUAAAAAUUAGAUUCAUAUCCAUAUAAUAUAGUUAAAAUCGAUUAAUAAAAGGUUAGAUAAAAAAUGGUUUAAAAAUAUAAAUAAGACUCAAGCUUAUAUGAUAUUUAUUUUUAUUCAAAAGCUUUUGUAAUUAAAUAUAUGGAUGAAAUUGUUGAUUUGGAUGAUAUUUGCCAUUUUAGAGCUGAAAUUGAUGCAUUCCCUGUGUAUAAUGAAGAUAAUUUUUAUUUUUUUAUAGAUUUACUUCAUUUAGAAUUAUCAUAAUUGACAACAGAUUAAUCAUUGUCAAAUGAUGAUGAUUACAAAGACUUUAAAGUUGUAGGAAAAUUCGAAAGUAAGUUGCACAAUUCGUUUUAAGGAAUAAGAGAAUUUAUUCCUGUUCAUUUUACAGAUAUUUAUUAUUCUUAAUUAAAUGUUACUAUCCAUACUGCUUUGAUAGGAUAUAAAUUUAGGAUUAACAAUUCGAAAUUAUAAGUAGUAUAAGAUAAAUAAUUAACCAAAGCUAGUUGA